CAUCUCUUCAUAUACCCAACUGCUUUCCUUGUAUUUUUUUUCCCUUGUAAAUUCAGAGACUAGAAUUGCCUUAAAGACUACGUUUAGCAAUGUCAACAGAGAGCGCGAUACAACUUCUCAUGCAAAAAGCUUCAGCUCAACUGCAGUUUGGAAGUCUUCAGUUAUCGUAUGAAUCGUACAUAAAAGCACUCAUUUGUGCUGUUGAAGAAUUCCAGCGCCUUCAAUUUAAGGAUCAAUGCCCUGUACAUAACAACUUGACGACUAUUUUUUAUCUAGCUCUGUCAUGUUUGAAACAUGCUAUGCGUAUUUGCUCCAACAAAGCAGCAACUCAAAAAGCUUGUCGUUCUCCUCCAGUUCCACCAAAACCUCCUUGUUUAUCUGUCGUUUCAAACCCGAAACCCAAGAGUCGUCUGCUUUCACCAGCUCAUUCACCGCCAAAACUUGCUCGUAGUGAACCUAAACAUCACUACCGUCCGCAAAACAUCAAAAGAGCAAAAUCAAAGCCUGAAUUACUGCAGCAGCGGGAAUACUCUAGCCAUACUGAUCUCAUGUUCUUAACCCCCCUUGAAGCUUUACGCGAUAGCCAUAACGGUAAUAUUACACAAACGACAAAAACACAACAGCAAGAAGCAAAGCUUCCUACUAUUUCUACAAAACCUAUUCCACUUCGUCCCAACAUUGUACGCCGAUCAUCCACUUCCAAUCUCCCCCAUCCAGACUCCAUAUCCAAUGUGUCUUCCACUACUACUAUCAGUGCAAUGAAACAGCUGUUCUCUUUGACUGGAGCAAAUACAACAGCUCAGCCGUCCGAUCAUGAAAGAGGAAGAACAUCCACUGCUUUCGCACUAUCCGAAGCUGCUAGCCAGCUUGAUUCGAACGAGCUAUCUCAGCUUCUCAACAGAAGCAUCGAUCCAACCCAUUUAGUACAAGUACAGCCAUCAAAAAAUGAGGAGGAUCGAGCGAACAAAGCACCAGCGGCAACCACUUUAUCUGUCAGUAAAAAUAUAAACUACUACAACAGCCACUAUUCACCACACAUACCAAAGGCGCCACUCCUUCUUGUCUGCGACCAUCUUCAAAAAGAACAAAGAGAGUCGUUCUAUUUGACCCAAAAAAAAACCUGUGUUCAAGCAUCUCUCGAUUUCAUCCAUCUUACAGUAGAGUCAGUAGCAGCCAACACGACGACCACGCUCCAGUUUCAUUCGGUAUUGAUCGCUUACCAAUUGACAUUGAUUGAUGCGGCUAUUUUUCGAAACAUCCCAGUCGAGGCUCUCUUGACCCAUACGCCCAAACACCCUCAUCCAGCCAUUGUGGCUUCAACCGACUUUUUUAACUAUUUGACACGACUGAUUGAAUCUGACAUUCUGUCUCAACCAGACGCGUCAGGAAGAGCACAGCUUAUCAAUCAUUGGAUAAAAGUAGCCAGCAAAUGUCUGGAAUGGCGAAACUAUCAAACACUGAAAGCCAUCGUUUCUGCCCUUGGCACUCCGCCGAUUCAGCGAUUGAAACGAUCUUGGCAGUUCGUUCCGAAAAGAGCCAUGGCGCUUUUCAUAGAUCAUUUAAGAGAGCUUAUGUCAGAAGCCUGUAAUUAUGGAAAGUAUAGAGAAACACUGGGUCUUUGCCACCAUGCCUACUAUCGCCGUCAUCCGACUUCCAUUGCUACUGUGGACGAUGAAGUCAAAGGACGACAGGAUUAUUCGUCCACGGCUGCCGGUGAUCCUCCUGGUAAAGCGCCUACGGUGCCCUUUUUAGGUCUAUUCAUUCAUGAUAUGACGUAUCUUUCCGCUGCUCUACUGAAGCAAAAAGAACAGCUGCCACAGCAGCAGCAGCAGCAUAACAGUCAAUGGUCAUCAGCGAGCAAAAAUAAACGUCGUGGUGAUGGUGCUGCUGACGAAGAGACCUUGGAAGCUUUUAAGAAGGACGCGCGAGUGGCCGAGCUGUUAGAUUCUUUCCUAACAUUACAAAAAAGCUGUUGCUACCCGAGUAAAUUGCCGCCAGUUUACGCGAAAGAAGUACACAAAAGUCGAAAACGCAAACUGACAUACGCUCUCACUCGACCCACUGCAUUGAUUAAAAUGCCAACGAGUAACAUUAACAGCAUUGCCCACCAUGAUGCGGACCAUGGCGAUCUUAGUGUAGAUAUACAGCAAAGCCUCGUAAUGCACUAUAUGUUGACAAGGCAAUGGGUCAGUGAAAGAGCAGUGGACGAGUUGAGUCUCAGGAGAGAACCUCCACCCACAAAAGGUGCAAAAAAUUACGGCGUGGUGACUAGUGAUACAUCAUCAGCACCAGCACAAAACAACCUUCCACAAUUGACUCAUCCUACUCCAUCCUCUAACCAUUCAACACUUGACGAAAUUCUUCGCAGUAGUACUGGAAGUUCUACUAGCAGUAUGACAGAGAGUGCAGGCUCUCUCAGCAGGCCUCUCAGCUUGGAAUCCGAUACAGAGAAGAAACAGCAACAAGAUACUGCCAUUAUAGUCAGUACGGUGGACAAUCGGAAACCCUCUCUGGGUAAUUUGUGGCUGUUUGGUAGAAAAAGUGCUGAUCAAGGGUUUUUAAAGUGCAGUCGUAGUCAUGGUGCUGACCCUAUCGAUCCUGCCCCUACUUUGGAAGAAACGCAUCCUACAAGUAUAACUGCAGUAUCCAUCCACCGAUCUCCGCGGCAUUUUUCAUUUGAUCAAGUCAACAGUGCUACCAUUUCAAGCUAUUCCCAUCUAGCUAAUAUGGAUAGAAAACACUUUAAAUAUACUCCUCCUCUUUCAGUGAACGAAGACAUAUUUGGUACGCAUCGUAUUCAACGUGAAGGGUCGCAGCCAUCUUUACCCUCCAUCUUCCGUAAAGAGUUUUGGAACAACAAACCAUCCCCACCCCCACCCCCGCCCCCUUCAUCAAUCAUAGCAACAACAACAACAACCACCCCACAGCAACGUGCUCCAUCAAGCAGCAAUCAUUUUCAUAAUACGUGUAUAGAUCGAAAGAAUCUCUUUUCGUCAGACAUUACGUUUUUGCCGUCAAGUGCCUUGUCCUCAAAGAUAGAAAUUGAAGAUGGAGAUGAUCCUUCAUUUCAGCUACAGCACAAUGGCAAAGGUUUAUCACAUGUUUUAUCGACACCACAUCCUUUAGAUACAUUUUUUCAAUGUCUAUAAACGCAAUAGCAGUGUUUGUCGAUAGAUAGGGCUUUGGACGUAAUAGAUAUAGACGUUAGCAACUGCCUUGUUUAUCGUUUACUGCCUAGAGGAUAUGUAUAUUUGAUAAAAGAGGAAGAAAGCAUUGUGGCAUUUAUAAUAAAAAUACAUUACAAAGAUUAACAGAUUAUAAAAGAGGGGAGAAAAAGCGGUUUAAACAAGAUGCAGUAAGACAGGAGACAGGAGAGAAGAUAUGGAAUCAAAC